GGGUAGCAAUGGAGGAGGCAGCAGUGCAGCAGGAAAAAAUAGAGGGAUCACAGGAACGGCGGGAUGAUGGAGGGAAGGCAGACUGGAAAAACGAAUGCUCCCUUUCCACCAUUCUUAAACAUUCCUGUUUUCUGUGCUGGUCAUCUCCCAGGGAUACAGACAUCAUGGAAACAGAUGACAGAGUCCUCGCCAAGGCAGCCGAGAUCAGAGUAAGAAGACCGCAGCAUCUAGCUCUGGAGCUGGAGAACAUGGUAGCGGUGGAGAGCCUGGAACUUCAAGAGCAGGAGUCGGAUCGGAAGGAGCUGGAGGAGACCCUGGACAAGUUAGAGAAACACAAAGAGAAGUUGGUUCAGCAAAUCAAGACAACCAGACAGCUCUGCUAUGAAGAAAGUCAGCAGAUCUUAUCUCUGCAGGCAGAAGAGGCACAGAAGGAAAGCCAGGUGGAGGAAUAUGAAAGAGAACUUGCCAGAGCUAGAUGGAGGCUGAGGAAACUCAGGGAAGAGGUGAAGCAGGCUAAGAGGAAGGUGGAGGAGGCUGGAGAGAGGAACACCCCUCUACAAGACUCCAUCAGACAGUCCUAUGAAGAGAUCUUACAGGAGGAGAAUACUCUGUGUUCUUUAUCAGGAGGUGUAGUAACUCCAGAGAGCCAGCUCGAAGAGUCAGCAUCUCCUGCAGACACCACUGAUGAUGACCUGCUUCCCAUGAGGCCAUGGGGGAGGAGCCAAUCACUGCCUGCUUAUGCUGACCUAAUAAUGGGGGCCAACGGUUUAUCUUUCUGCAACAACUUAGCAGGUACCAGAGAGGAGGACGACAGCGGAACCAGCUCUCCGAAGGUAACAGCUGAAACACGUCAGGAUAUGGAGAGAUCUGACAUAGAGGAUGAUCCAGAGGAAGAUGACAUCCACAACGAAGGGGACAUAGACAGAGGACAGAAAGAGACAACGCUUCACCCAAACCCUGUUAGCCAGUUGGACUUCUACCAGGACAACCCGUUUACUCACUGCCAGACUGACCAUGAUCUCUUCAAUGAGGACCUCUUCCCUAAAACUGACUCGUCUGAUGGAUUUGGUUCAGACCCUUUCAAAGGCAGCAACCCAUUUGCAGCUGAUAUGUUAUUCCCAGAGGCAGAAGAGGGAGCAGGAAACCCUGGUGACGAAGCCGACACCAGUCUGUCCUGUGCUGAGAACAAAGCCUCCACAGGAACUCAGUGCUUCGAGUCAGAAUUCCCAGAUGAAGACAGUGACAUAGAGAUCAGCUACAGCAGAGAGGACCUGGAUGCCAUUGCUUUGAGUCAUGAUUCCUGUGGCUUUAAACCCAUUCAGAGCUCAUCAGACGAGCUGGGUCCAGAACUGAUGCAGGGCUGGAGGUCCCAGGGUCAGCACUCUGUGGAGUCAGACCCUAAUGGGUAUGAGCUUGAUCUCGGUACUGUCUCCCCGCCCUCUGACAUAGAAGAACAAAGUCUGGGAUCUCUUACAGAAGAGACUGCUACCACAGUGACAGGAUUACAGCAAGGUCUGACUUCUGGUUCAGCUCCAGCCAUCCCUGAACACAAAGAUCGUGUCCUGUUGGAAAAGGGUGGUGUAGAGCCAGAUCUUCCUCACCAUUUAACUUCAAGUAAAGCAGCUAAAUGGGCGGGGGAUAGGGACGAGGAACCCCGAAACCCUGCAACGCCCCAGAACUCGCUUGAUUCCCAGAACCUUGUUGUCCAGCCUGACUCAUCUCAAAACAGCUUUGAAUUGAGUUAUGAACCUGUCAGUCAGUCUUCCUGCGACCCUUAUGGGUUUAAACUCAGUCCAGAGCAUUCAAGUCACACCCUGCUAGACCCAGAUGAAGCUGAACUGAGCCCAGAACCUGCUGAAAAUGUUCUGAGCUUUGAUCCUGAACCCUCCUCUUCUCAGCCACAUGAACUGAACUUUGAUCCGUACGGGUUUGACAUCACUGCCUCUCAGAUGGUACGUGACUCUGACCCCUAUGGCUUUAAGCUCAGUGGUGAGGAGGAGAACCAGGAGGUCUUGGAUCUUUGUGGCCAUCAUAACUUUGGGGUUUUAGGCCUUUGCACCUCUGACAAGAAUGACGAUGCAGAGAACUCUGACUAUAACAAGCAGGAAGAAUUAAAACCACAUGACUAUGAAAACCAAGAGGUGCUGGAACAUUUUGCAACUAAUUUCCAGGAACUGGUAGAUUGUAGUAACAGUGAAAACCAGGAAAUGCUUGAACCACCUGACCUUGGCAACAGGGAGCUGGUUUAUAAAGAAAACCAGGAACUCCUGGAUUUUAGUAGUCAUGACAACCAAGAGAUGGUGGAGCCCUGUCCUGAUAUCAGCAGGAAUGAAGUAUUUGAAUCUAGUAACUAUGAAAACCAAGAAGUGCUAGAGCCAUAUAACCAUGGCUAUCAGGAACUGCUGGACUUCUCCCACCAUGAAAACCAGGAAGUCCUGGAUUUAGAUCACCAUGGAAACCAGGAACUACUGGAUUUUUACAGCAAAGAAAAUCAAGAAGUUCUUACUUCAGACAACCAUGAAAACCAAGAACAGGCAGAUUUAUGUAGCCAUGACAACCAGGAGGUGCUGGAUUUGUUGAGUAAGGACAGCAAACCUGAAGCGAACUACCAUCAGCACAUCACUGAACCAGAUUCCUCCACCAAUAACAGCUCAGACAGUGAUCUGGCAUCUGAAGACCCAGAAGGACCAGAGCUCCGUGUUGCUGCCACCACAAAGACCGCCAACCCUCCCAGCAUGGCUCCCAGUAGCAUCUCAGCCAUCCAGGACUGUAAUAUCUCCACUGCUCCAAAAUGUCACAGCUUGUUAGAAGAUGACCUGGGAUCAGUGUUUGGUGCUGGCGGAUACGUGGGUUGUCCCGAUGUAGCUGAUGACCUGGAGCCCCUGGUCAGAAGGCAAGAAAACCCAAUAGCAGAGCCUUUGCGACCAGUCAGACCAGUUAGGCCUCCUCGGCCAUCUCUGAAGGCCAAGGAGAAGGCCGUGUCCCAGGGCAUCGACCUAAAGUGAUCUCUCCCCAACCAACAGCCAUGUGGGGCUGCUGCCAUAUGUCUG